GAAACAAGGAUCCAUCCAAAUCCGAUUCGCUGUCGCUCGUAGACUACUUGAAAGGAAAUGUUUCUAAACAAAACAUUACAAUUCUGUAAUAGUGUUACAAGUACUGUAGUAGUGUAGUAUUAUGAAUGUGAGUGUAACAGUGUGUUUACACUCUAUUGUAGAUAUCACAGGCUAAUAGUGUAUUAUUUAAAGGACAUCUUUGAUCAGUUUCAUGUGAGGCAGCUAAAAUGUGGUGUCUUGUUAGUCAACCGAAUUCAGUUGUAAUUGAGGUAGAAGUGGAUCCCAAGGCCAAAGGACAGGAAUGUUUAGAAAAGGUCUGCUCCUGUCUGGGGAUCAGCAAUGAGUCAGACUACUUCGGACUCAAGUACCACAGUGUAAAAGCUCCCGAUGUGUGGCUCAACUUGCGCAAUCCUAUCGAGCGUCAAGGUGUGGCCGGUGUACCACCAUACCGUUUCUGUCUCAGAGUCAAGUUCUGGGUACCACCACACCUGUUGUUACAAGACACUACCAGGCACCAGUUCUAUCUGCAUGCAAGACUAGAUCUACUGGAAGGCAGACUGAAGGUAGAGAGUCCAGAGACUGGCAGUCGGUUGGUAGCCCUGAUAGCGCAGGCGGAGAGUGGUGAUCUGGAGCCAGACAGUCCCCCAGUAUGUCUCUACAACCAGUGGUGCCAACUACUGUUGAAUAGCAACUCCCAGGAAACCCUAGAAGCAGUUAUAAGGCAGCACAGAGAUAUCAGGGGCAUGAAGAGCAGCACUUCUGAGUACUGGUUGCUGAAGGAGAUCUCAACACUGAGAGGGUUUGGGGAGGAGCUCUUCUACUGCAAGAACACAGUGUUGGGCAUCGGUCCACAUGGCAUUAAUGUCUACUAUCCUCCAACACAAACGUUUCAGAGUAUUCCAUACACGGCCAUACAUAGUGCAGUGAGCCAGCGACGUAUGUUCCAGCUGCACUAUGACAACGUGCAACACAAACCCUCCACCCUGGAUGUCAAGUGUGAGAGCACUCUGGUGGCCACAGAGGUGUACCGUGCUCUGACCGAGAAACAUGCGUUCUACUCUUGUGAGACAGUACGUGGUGCAGUUACUGCUCAGUUUGUUCGAGAUCUCAAGGGUACAAUAGUGUCAAUUUUUAAUGAGGCCACACCACUGGGAAAGCAGUAUGUAUUCGACAUCCGGCGGACUUGCAGGGAGGUACAUGACAAUGCCAGAAGAGCCUUGUAUCAGCCUGUCAAUGCUGAGGCCACAGCCACUGCACCAUCAGACAGCAGCAGUUCCAGUCAAACUAGUGAGAGGUUAGCUAGACUGCUGGACGCACUGACCUGCAGGAUCUGUAUGGAUGCAUCAAUAGACACAGUGUUCUUCCCUUGUGCCCAUGUUGUGGCAUGCUCUGAGUGUGCAGUGCGCUGCGCAUCAUGUCCACUGUGCCGUGCCAACAUCCUUGAAUCCAAACGUGUCUACUUGCCCACUCUUGACCAUGACUUCAGGGCUCCUGCCGCUGUCACCGAGGAAAAAGACAAUACACAGUGAAAUACUUCAGUUUAUCUCCCUAUUUAAUUAUGCUUUUGUGAAAAAGUAGAGAUGGGACAUAUUUCAUGUACUUAUAUAUAGUUAUGGUCUAUAUAGUUAAGGAUGCACAUUACCCACUUUACUAUAUAAAAUUAAUGUGUUGCAAAAACAAUGAGAUUCAUGGUAAUAUAUAAUGUAAAAGAUAUAAUUACAAAACACAACCAUACCACUGCCAUUUCCAGCAUCUGUUAAUCAUUUUGAAAUCAUAAUUGAAUUAUAUUUCAAUGUAUGAUUUCAAUUUUUUAACAUCAAAAUAUAUAUUUCAGUCUCAGAAUUAGAAAACAGUUGCAUAUAUACCAGCUUUCUGUUAUAUGGCAACAAUAAACACUUAAAGUGUUGUAUAAAGUGUUUAAAUAUUGAACACUUUUGUAAUUGUGCAACAGGAGUGCAGCAGUAAGGAUGAGUUGGUUCUAGUUCUCAUUCAGCCGAUUCUUGUAGAAAUGAGAAACAAACUCAAUUUGUAGGAACUUAUUUAAAAAUAUGUCAUGAUUCAAUUUGAAAUAAAUUUAACGUAAGAUGACUAUAAUGGUAAGUUUAGGCAUUGAAUUGGGCCACCAUCCUCAAAACGCAAGUAACAGGGUGUAUUCUAGUAGUUAAAUUAAGUCAUGUUUCUUAUGUUAACAAAUAUAGAUAUGUAUUGCCUGGCAGUUGAGCAAAAAGUAGCAUCUCCUCCUCCCUUAUGAAAGUCCUCUUAACUUCUUAAUUAGUAAAUAUUUCUUUUAAAAAUCUUUUGGAACUCCAGCCAGCAUUUUCCGAAAUUAAGACAGCGGGAGAGGCUUCCUCCAUCACUGAGCACUCUGUCAUAGGGAAGGAGUGGUAUAUUGAGCAAUUAAAAAUCUUGUUCUCUUCUAUGAAUUUUGAAAAAGAAAUCUGACUUUCUAUCCUAUACAAAUGAAAAUAUUCAUGACAAUGAACGCAUUUUUGUGCACAAUGAUUAAAUAUAUCCAACUUGUUGUGGGCUAUAGCUCCAAUUCCCAAACACAUGAUCAGACAGUAAAACAUUAUUAAUUUAACCCUGAAACUGGCCAUAAUUUUUUCCCAAAAUGGCAGGCACUUUUUGGUGAUUUUGUAAGGGUUUUGUAUUUUAAUCACUGCUCAUCUAUUUUUUAAGAUAAAUGUCUUUAGAAAUAAAUGUAGUUUACAAAAGAAUGAUUAAAUAUUUAAUAUUUUCAAUGUAGUUUUUUAAAUUGCUGAUUAACAUCAAAAUAUUAGUAAAGAAUACAUUUUUCUCAAAUGUAUAGCACUCCCUCAGGUAAUAUGAAAUUUUUUUAAUAAAUCUAAAAUAUACAAAAGUUUGGUUAUAUACAUCUGAAUUACAUAUUACAAAAAAAUAUUUGGGUAAAAGAAGUUUAUUGGUACUUUUGAAUAAUAUAUCUAUAAAAAACUACAAAAUCUGAAGAAAAAUCUUUUAUAACAUUAUUAUGUAUACCACUGUGACAUUUUUGAAUCUAUUGGAUAAACAAAUAUUAUUUCUAAGAGAUAAAUAUAUGUAGAAUAUAAAAAUAUGAUAUUUAUUGAAGUUUACAUU